AAGAGUUUUCAUACCACAAAAAUCAAUAUGGGUGUUCACAAUCUUGCUUCGAAGGCCGAGUUCGACAGUGCGUUGAAGGACAACAAGGUCGUUAUCCUCGAUGCUUUCGCCACCUGGUGCGGUCCCUGCAAGGUCAUCGCUCCUACCGUCGUCAAAUUCUCAGAAGAAUUCCCCAACGCCCACUUCGUCAAGAUCGACGUUGAUGAAGUCCCCGACGUAGCCCAAGAACUCGGUAUCCGAGCCAUGCCCACAUUCAUCGUGUUCAAGGACGGCGAGAAGGUCAAGGAGGUUGUUGGUGCGAACCCCAAGGCGCUGCAGGCUGCUAUU